AUGCCCUCCCCAGAGCCCUGCGCCUCCUUGAGAGUCCACAACCUCUGCCAGAGCCCCACGGGCCCCUCCCCAGAGACCCCCAACCCCUCCCCAGAAUCCCCGCGGCCCCCUCCCCAGAGCGCCCCUGACCACUCCCUAGAGCCCCAUGGCCCCUCCACAGAGCGCCCCCGCUCCCUCCCCAGAGCCCUGCAAGCCCCUCCUCCAAGCCCACUGCCCCUCCGCAGCGACCAGGGCCCCCUCCACAGAGCCCGCGGCCCCCUCCCCAGAGCCCCCCGCCCCUCCACAGGGCCCCGUGACCACUCCCCAGAGGCCCUAGCUCCACCACAGCACCCCGCGCCCCCACCCCAGAGCUCCCCGACCCCUCCCAAGAUCCCCGCACCCCCCGCAGAGUCCACAACCUCCCCCAAGCCCCGCACACCCUCCCCAGAGCCCCGAGGCCCCUCCCCAGAGACCUGCGCUUCCCCCAUCAGAUUCCACAACCUCCCCCAGAGCCCGAUGAGCCCGCACCAGAGACCCCCAACCCCUACCCAGAGCGCCCCUGGCCCGCUCCCCAGAGCCCCGUGGGCCCUCCACACAGCCCUGGCCACUCCCCAGAGCCCGCCUUCCUCCCCAGAGCCCCGCUCCUCCACAGCGCCCGCACCCCCACCCCAGAUCACCGUGCCCCCCCUCAAGAGUCCACAACCUCCCCCAGAGCCCCACACACCCUCCCCAGAGCCAGACGGGCCCUCCUCACAGCCCCGAGAGCCCACGGCACCCUACGCAGAUCCCCUGGACCCCUCCCAGAGCCCCGCGGCCCCCUCCCCAGAGCCCCCCCUCCCUCUCCAUAGCCCCACGACCCCUCCCCAGAGGCCCGUGGCCCCUUCCCCAGAGCCCGGCGACUGCUCCCCAGUGCCCGGGCCCCUCCCCAGAGCCCCCCGCCCUUCCGCAGUGCAUGUGGCCCCCUCCCCAGAGCCCACGGCCCCCUACCCAGGGCCCCGCGCCCCCCCCAGAGUCCGCAACCUACCCCAGAACCCAGCGAGCCCCUCCGCAGUGACCCCCAACCCAUCCCCAGAGCGCCCCUGGUCCCCUCCCCAGAGGCUGCGGCCCCCUCCCCAGAAGUCCCCCACCCCCGCCACUCCCCAGAGCCCUGAGGCUUCUCUUCAGAGCCCCAAGCCCCUGCCCGACGUUCUGGGGCCCCUCCCCAGAACCAAAGCCACUCCCCAGAGCACCGAGACCCCUCCCCAGAGCCCGCCGCCCCUCCCCAGCGCCCAUGGCCCCCUCAGCAGAGCUCCCCGCCAUGCCCCGGAGCCACGUGGCCCCUCUUCAGAGCUCCAUGCUCCUCCCCAGAGCCCCAGCACCGUGCCCCUCACCAGCGCCCGCAGCCGCCACCCCAGAGCCCGCGGCCCCCUCCUCAGAGCCCCCUGCACCUCCCCAGAGCCCCGUGACCACUCCCCAGAGGCUUUAGCUCCCACCACAGUGCCCCGCGCCCCCACCCCAGAGCUCCGUGACUCCUCCCAAAAUCCCCACACUCCGCCCAGAGUCCACAACCUCCCCCAGAGCCUGAUGGGCCCCUCACCAGAGACGCCCAACCCCUCCCCAGAGCGCCCCUGGCCUGCUCCCCAGAGCCCCGUGGGCCCUCCACACAGCCCCGGCUACUCCUAG